AUGAACCAAGGGCUUCGGCUGUACCUGGCACCAAACCCGGACAGCUUUCCAUCAGUCGGUGGAUACAGGGUCUACAUUCGGCAACCUCAGGAUACUGAACUUCCUGUUGAUGAAGGAUACGACGUAAACUUGGGAAUGCUUUCCAAUUUCGGCCUCAAGACGGUGGAGUUAGACAGAAUUCCCCCUGAAGAUGGCGGGAAUUGCGCCCCUGAUUCCUACCUUCUGAAUCGAUUCGACCCCAACAUCUUCAGUGUCACAAAUGAAACAGCUUAUUCCAAGGAGGAAUGCCAGAAUUUUUGCGUUCCAGCCCAAAUGCUGCAGGACUACGCAGUCAGCUGCCUCUCCAUCGACAAGGAUAUAUCUCUUCUAUUAAACACCGACAACCCGGCACUGGCCAUGGAAUGCAAUGGGACACUAGAUAACUUCGACUCGGACAGGGAAAAGAAGGAGAAUGAUGCAGAUCAUUCCUGUGGUUGCCCUCCUCAGAGCUGCACGGAGAGGACCAUCGAGAAGAGCUAUUCAACGACGAAGAUGGGCAGCGAUGACUCCUUGCUCGUGGACCUCGUUGCAUGGGUGCGGAAUGAAUUGAAGAAUACGAAAGAAAGCGAGCUCAGAAACAGGACAUACUGUCGUCGUCCCAAUGAACAAGCGGCUGUGGUGCACGUCUUCUACGAGACCAUAUCCAUAGAGAAAACAACUGAAACUCGGCUGUAUCCAUGGUCGAGCUUCAUUGGAACAUUGGGAGGAUUGCUGGGUCUCUACACUGGGAUGUCUUUUGUGUCUGUCCUGGAAAUGUUCGAGUGGAUCUUCGAUAUCGCCUUGUACGGUUGGAAGAAACCCCGACAUGACAAGAUGGGACCGAAACGGCGAGCUAUCAUUGCCUGGAAAAACGAGGAUUUUGAAGCGUCUGGAGAGAACCAUCCUCGAGGAGUACAGGCUUGGAAAGAUAUACCGGUCUAUGAUAGUCCCCCCCUCAAGGACACUCGGGGAUCUGCAUUUGAUCUUCUAUUCUCCGAUCAUCUCAAAUGAAUUUAUGGAUUUUUUUUCCCAUGUAGCCUCAUUCAUGCA